CGGUCGGCACCCAGUAGUCGUCUCACUCAGACGUACUCACUCCGGUCUGGUCGUUGAAACAAUACGAUCCGCGACGACAGUAAUAAUUGCGGUCGGGGCGAAACAGAAACGCGAUAGCCGCUUUUCUAUCGGUUUUUAUGUUCCGUCUCUUUUCGGCUCGUCCGCCGGUUGUGUCGCGUUGGUGGCGGAUCUAUGGUGGCGAUUGAAGUGCCGUUGUACCUGACGAUGACCUUGGGGUCGGACACGUGACCAAGGGCCUUGACCUUACCCCCACCGCCGGCUCUUCGGUGUCAGUUCUGUGGAUUUUUUUCGAGCUUCGGUGCGCUUUGUUCGUACGCAACGCCAUAGAGGAAAAUCGUUUGCGUUUUGAUCCGAUUGCCCGCCAGCGGUGUAAAAACCAUCCCUCCCCUCCCCAAGUUACGGAUGAACCCUGCCAAAUACCGUGCCGACGACGUUUCGUUGAAAUUGCCGCCGUCAGAUCGGAAACAUGACCCGCCCGCCGUCGACGGCAGGUGAUCGUCGGUGAUCAUCCGAUCGGCGGGUAUGGCGACCGACAUGCGGUCGCCGAACGUCUCGAUCACGCCUAUCAACAUGGAACCGUACACGCCCACGCCGCCGCAGCUGACGAAUGGCGUCGCGGAACCGCCCAGGACGAGAAGCGCGCCGCAUCCCGCAGCGAUGGGCGUGACCAACGGCGCGCCCGACGUCGACGUCACCGACGCCGAAGUGGCUCGUAUCGAGUUUCAGUCGGUGAACAUGCGCAACAAGACGAAGAGGGAGGAGAUGCCUAGACCGAUGAGCUGGGAGGGGGAACUGAGCGACGGCGAACGGGAAGGGAUGUGCGUGGACGAGAACAGCGGCGGUCCGCAUUUGCCCGAGAACCUGUCGAUAUCGGCCGCGCCGAAACACGGCUCCAUGGUCGACCUGAAGGAGAGCCCGAUCCUGCGACUGAAACAGCCCCCGAUGGGCAGUUACUCGCUGCACAGUACCCCGUCGAACUCGCCGUUACUGAGCCAGCGCCAUCCGGUCACCGGGGCGCCGAUGAUCGGCCCCAAGGAUCUCAUGCAGAAAGCGUUGAACGUGCCGGCGACGCCGAGCCCCGACUCGGCCGUCCACUCGGCUUACAGCGUGUUCAGCUCGCCCAAUCAGAGUCCGCUCACUCAGCGUCACGUUAACCUUACGCCUAACCUCAGCCGCAACAAUUCAGACGCGUCGCAUUCUAGCUGCUGCAGCUAUUCCAGCGUGUCUGUGUCGGUAUCGCCGACGCAGCAAUUCUCGCCCACCCACAGUCCCGUUCAGGGACGCCAUGUACACAACAAUAUCCACAGCAGUCCCCUGCACCACAACGUCCUCUACCGGAGCCUGCAGGAGGAGACGGCGCUCGCGCAGGCGCAGUAUCAACCGGACCCGGACCCGUCGGGGGGCGGGGCGGCAUGCGCAGACGACGGCGAGGACAAGACCGGUCUUUUGCACGCGUCUUUGCCCGCGCAGCCCGGGAUAUCGAGGCAGCAGUUGAUCAACAGCCCCUGCCCGAUCUGCGGGGAUAAAAUUUCCGGAUUCCAUUACGGCAUCUUCAGCUGCGAGAGCUGCAAGGGCUUCUUUAAGAGGACUGUGCAGAAUAGGAAGAACUACGUGUGCCUGAGAGGGGCGCAGUGUCCGGUGACGGUGGCCACUCGCAAGAAAUGUCCCGCGUGUCGCUUCGACAAGUGCCUGCAGUGCGGCAUGAAGUUGGAAGCGAUCAGGGAGGACAGGACGCGGGGCGGACGCUCGACUUACCAGUGCUCGUAUUCUCUGCCGCCGUCGUUGGCCGGGCAGACGGAGCUGCGCGGGGGCGCGGGAGACGCCCAUCCCGCGUUCGCGGUCAAGCUGGAACCGCCCGACGGCGGCUGCGCGCCGCCCCACCACAAGCGCAACAACUUCCCCGGUUCUAAGGGUGUCCCCCCGCUAUUGCAAGAGAUAAUGGAGGUCGAGCACCUGUGGCACUACAACGAGUCGGAACUGAACAAGCUGAGCGCCGAGGGUCACCUAGGCAAGGACGGGGGCAGCGGGGCGGUUCACAAUUUGUCCAACCAUCCGUUGCUAGCCGGCACCGCCCUCGCCGGUACCGAGACCAAUCCCGACUUUGUCGCGAACCUGUGCAAUAUCGCCGACCAUCGCCUCUACAAGAUCGUCAAGUGGUGCAAGAGUCUUCCCCUGUUCAAGAACAUUUCGAUCGACGAUCAAAUAUGUCUGCUGAUCAACUCAUGGUGUGAGCUUCUGCUGUUCUCCUGCUGUUUCCGGUCCAUCUCUAGCCCGGGUGAGAUUAAGGUGUCCCUCGGGAAGAGCAUAACGUUGGCGCAGGCGCGCGACAUGGGGAUGCAAGCGUGUAUCGAGAGGAUGCUCAACUUCACGGAGCAGCUGCGCCGCCUCAAAGUCGACCAGUACGAGUACGUCGCCAUGAAGGUCAUAGUGCUGCUGACGUCAGACACGUCCGAGCUGAGGGAGGCUGAAAAGGUGAGGGCGUCGCAGGAGAAGGCGCUCAAAGCGUUGCAGGAUUACACGCUGUCGCACUAUCCGGACAGUCCGGCCAAGUUCGGCGAACUGCUUCUGCGCAUCCCCGAGCUGCAAAGGACUUGUCAGGUGGGCAAGGAAAUGCUGACGAUCAAGUCGAAGGACGGGGAGGGGCCGAGUUUCAACCUGCUGAUGGAACUGUUGCGCGGCGACCACUGAGACUUCAGCGUGCCUUAUAGCUUACGGUGGCGGGCUCAUACUUACAGACAGUAUUUCGCUUAAUAUUUUUUUUAUCUUUUUUUUUUUUAAUGAUUUUUCGUUUAGCGCGAAGGCGGAAACUAUGACGUACUUAUUUAGGGACAUCCCGCGGCGGAUUCGACGUUUCGGUUUUUUUCCCUCUCCUCUCUCUCACCAACAUCAUCGUCGUCGCAUUGUUUUUUCUUGUUAGGUUUAGGCGUUAUGGGAUCUGCGCGGUUCCCGAGAGUUUUGUACAUAUACAUUUUAAGUUUCUAUUUUGAUAUAUUCUUUAUUAUACAUUUAUAUAGGGCUAUUUAUUGCCGCCUAGGACGACGGUAUCUUUUUUACAUAAUAGUUUAGCGCGCGCGGGUGGGGGGGGGCGGCCGGUGACGAGUUGGACGCUCGUACGUACAUAUUUUUCGAAGCACAAUACGGCGUGACCCGGGGUCAAACCGUCAAACGUCUCAAAUCAGUUUUUCAGAUUAAAAUGAAACUUUUUCCCCUAAUCGUAAUAAGUUUUUACUAAAAAAAUAUAUGUUUUUUUAAUUAUUCGAAAUCCUCUUUUAUGAUUUUGACAAUGUAUCAAUUCCAGAGGCAAAAAUCAUACUUUUUAAGAUUAGAUCAUAUUUCCGUAUUUGCAAAAUUUCAAUUAGAAAUGGACAAUUAGACUUCAAAGUUGCAAAUUGAGGUGACAAUUGGAAGUUCGUUAAAUCUUACAAGAUUUGAAUGCAUAUUUAGCAAGUUCUGUUGGUCUGCGCACAUUGACAAAUUUUACCCUUUCAAAUUCAUUUUAACGUACAAAGUCUGAUGUGUGGGUAGAGAAUUGUAUCAUUUGAAAUUAGAAUUAAAAUAACACAUAACGGGCAAAUAUGUAAAAGAGAAAGAUCACUAUUACUAAACAGGAGACGUUUAUAUAAUAUAUAACGAAAAUAAAUCACUUCAGGGCGCCUCUAAAAAAUUCGAACGAAUUUUUAGAUACAGAAAAAUGAAAUAUAUAAUGGUGUCCAAAAAAAGUGGGUUUUGGUGGCAAAACAAACACCGAAUGUCACCGCGAAAGCAGUUCCCCUCGAUCUGUAGAUAUAGGGUGGUUUUGUAUCUGUGUGCAAUCAAAUAUGUGGUAACUGGUCUCCCAAUUUUCGAUCUUUUUUUUUUUUUAAUAUAAAAAAAAGGUUUUUUGCAGGACGUCCAAUUCGUCGUGGAUCGCCCAGUAUAUGCGCUUAAAAAUCGGCGUUUUGUAUGCAAUAUAAGCCGGAGAGUUCGUUACGGCGCGCGUGUCUCCGCCCAUUUUUCUUUUAUACACGGAGGCGCGGCGCGGCGGUCGCGGGUCGAACCUCGCGCGACCGCAGUGCCGCCCCCCGGCGAACGGUAGAACUAUCAUUCCAACGGUAUCCGACUCUUGAGAUAAUCUGUAGUUAAACUACGCUAGAGCGACUAUUGUUGUAAAUAGUCUUUGAAGAAUGUUAUUUAUUUUUACAACACCGAAAAUAUAUAUAUUUUGCUUGAUAGAUACGAACGAAUAGCCUCCAAAAAGUGCGCGUUUCAGAAAAGUUCCCUUUCUUUUGAGUGCCACCGCUUUCGGUGCCCUCGCAUAUUGGGCAUAAUAAUUUACGUAAUUCUUUACACACACACACACACACCUUUUGACGCUUAAAUUCCGUACUGUUUAUCGUUAGGGAAACUAUUUUAAUAAAGUAAAUCAAAAGACUUAUGGGGUGGCCUUGUACAAGCUGCGUUUUUUGCGCAGCUCUAAAAACGACCCUGAACCCGACUUUUGUACUCAACUUUUUAAAGCAAAUAUACAAAACUCCUUUUUGUAUUGAAAUAUAUAACGUGAA